UUCCGUUUUUCUCGAGGGGAUUCGAACACGCGUCGAGUGUCGGCAACCCCGAGAGCAGAAUGCUACGUCGGAGACCGACGCGUCUUGAGCUCAAGCCUGAAGACAAGGAGGAAUACGAAGAAGCGAAGCGCGCAGCUGCACUGGCCGCCGCUGCCGCUGCCGCGGCCGCGGCCGGGCCUUCCGCGGGGCAAUCGGCGGGGCAGGGCGGGAAAAUGGACGGUGGAGGCGUGUCGGCAUUUUUCGACGGUAACAAAUUGCCCGCGGUGAAGCUGACCACCGCUCAGAGGAUCGGUUACAUCGGAGGGUCAUCGUCAUCGGCCAAAGGCUCAACGCAGCAAUAGCUGCUUUCUACUGAUACGAUCAUCAAGCAACAAGCAAUAGCAGAACGACGUGCAGCUACCGCUGAUCAGCAGAACAGCGAGGAGGUGCACAUGAGGGGAGAGGACGAAGUUUAAGCUGCCCGCUGAAAGUUGUGUUGGAAGAUAAUCACAAUUCUUACAACACAAGACAUUUGACUUGUCAAGGACUUUUUGCAAGGAGAGAAGAGGAGGAGGAGGAGGAAGAGUGAGUGUGGAGGUAGAACGCAGAGGGGAGUCACCGAAGGGGAAGGCAAAGAAACACAGUGGAGAGAGAGAGAGAGAGAGAGAGAGAGAGAGAUGGAGGUGGAAGUAAAGCUGAGGUUGCCAUCAGCCGAUGCUCAUGGGAGAAUUGCAACACUGCUUGCAGAUUUGCGCAAGGAGACAAAUAUGCAAGAAAACGUUUUUUUCGAUGGCACGAAGGGAGAAUUGAGUUCAAAGAGAGCCGUUCUGCGUUUGCGCUUUGUCAAUGACAAUGCCAAAUGUGAAGUCACUGUGAAGUCCAAGGCUGUUGUGGCGAAUGGUAUUUCCCAAGCGCAAGAGGAAAAUGAUCAAAUCGACCCGGCGCUCGGAAGGGCUUGUGUCAUUGACCCAAAUAGGUUGACAACAACAGACUGUGCUCUUCUCAAUAAAACGGUUGAAGCUUUCCAGUGCAAGGAGUUCACUUGCCUUGGGGGGUUCAAAAACAUCCGCACCGUCUUCGAAUGGGAAGGCCUCACGCUUGAGCUUGAUGAGACGCAGUAUGACUUUGGAACAUUUUACGAGUUGGAGUGUGAAAGUACAGAGCCUGAGGUCGCACGCGAAAAGAUAGAGGGAUUUCUGGAGGCGAACGGAAUAGCGUACUCUUACUCCACGGAGACCAAGUUUGCAAUCUUUAUACAAAGCAAGAUGAAGAAGUCACGUCAGUAGGGGAAAGUAGCUUGUUUGUUUGCUUUUUGUUUUUGUUUUUUUAGUUGGGUCCGUCUUUCUGUUUUUUGCAUGGUGUUUCUAGCAGAAAGUUUUUGAAAACAUUUGAGCGGAAAGUUCUAGCAGAAAGUUUUUGAAAAAAGUCCGCGCGGAAAGUUUCUACCUAGCAGAAAGUAUUUGAAAAAAGUUCACACAGAAAGUUGUAGCAGGAUGUCCGCUGACAGUUCCGGGAAGUUUCAGAAGAAAGUUCCAAAAAGUUGUUCCAGAAGUUGUCAGAGCUAGGAAUGAAUGUUGCUUACGAAGGAGGCCAGGUGAGGACCAGAGGAUGGCUGUUGGAUUUAUUUCUUGGCUGUGUGGGACAUGCUUUGAGGAAGUGGUAAGUAGACAUGAAAACUUGAAAAGCGGUCUCGUUAAGGCAUUGGCAGCAGUGACGCCAAAAUCUGUAUUUUUUCAGACUAUUUCUAUGAAAGGACACAAGUGGUAGCAGAUUGUAGCAAAAGAUAAAUGGACUCUUUUGUGAGACUAUUAUCUUCACCCAAAGACAAAUACAAUGUACGCAUUGUACGGUCAUUAUUGCUGUAUCUAGACUCAAAGUUGCCCACCAUACAGCUACGUACGUUGUUGUAUUGGGGGGAAGAAGGAAAUGGUGGGGUUGUUUAACUCUCUCAAAGAGAGUGCAGAUGAGCACUCACUCUCUGUGGCACCGCAUCCUGAAAGU